UCAUUACCUUUCUGCACCAAAUGAGGCCCAUGACAGUGAAAUUCUUGAGUGUUUCUUUUGAUUUCUUGAUCGUUUCUUCCAUCUUAUUAGCUUUUUCUGCGAAGGCAGUUAAAAUCGGUGUGAUGGUUAACCCUUACCUGCCUACUCGAAGAGAGCAAGAAGCAGCCAUCAGGAUUGCAGCACGACACUUCAAUUCUUCUUCGCCACUCGUUCUACGAUUCAACGAAACCAAUGAUGAUCCCGUUGAAACGUCAACAACUGCUAAAGAUAUGGUUGACUGGGGAGCAGAAGUAAUCAUUGGCAUAGGGACAUGGUCAGAGGUGGUGACCUUGGCAAGAGUAGGGAAUACUUCUGGGGUUCCCGUUUUCUCUCUCGCAGAGACAACAACAACAACAUCAAAUCUAAAGAACAAGCGAGAUAUGAAAAAUAUAUGUUAGAUCAA